AUGGAUCCCGUCCAGCCAGCCGCUUCCUCGGAAGAUGAUUUCGAAAUCAUCGAUGACCAGAUUCCUAUCCGCCCUCGCCUGAGCACGAGCACCACUAUCGCGGGAGAACGAAGUCCCAAUGAAGUUGGAGUUCAACUACAUCCUCUGCCAGACACCAAUUCUAUGAUACUCUCCGUUCACCCUCCACUGCAUCCCGAAAAAGAAAUGCCCCAUGUUCCAUGUGACAUUGUUCUCUGUAUUGAUGUUUCCUACAGUAUGCAGUCGAGUGCUCCCCUCCCUACGACUGACGAAUCCGGUGAACGCGAAGAAACCGGGUUGAGCGUUCUAGACUUGACCAAACAUGCUGCUAGGACAAUAAUUGAAACGCUCAACGAGAAUGAUCGCCUGGGCAUUGUGGCUUUUUCGACCGAGGCUGAGGUCGUUUACAAGAUAUCCAAGAUGAAUGAAAGUAACAAGAAAGCAGCAUUGAAAGCUGUGGAAGCUUUGAAGCCUUUAUCUUCAACGAACUUAUGGCAUGGCUUGAAAUUGGGUUUGAAGGCGUUUGAGAAUGAACGCCAUACACUGCAAAGCGUUCAAGCGCUUUAUGUCUUAACUGAUGGAAUGCCAAAUCACAUGUGUCCGAAGCAAGGGUAUGUAACGAAAUUGCGUCCAAUCCUGCAACUGCUGGGCCAUCGUAUGCCAAUGAUACAUACAUUUGGGUUUGGCUACAAUAUUCGAUCGGGUUUGUUGCAGGCGAUUGCGGAGGUCGGAGGGGGAACUUUCGCUUUCAUCCCUGACGCGGGAAUGAUAGGAACUGUCUUUGUCCAUGCCAUUGCCAACCUUUAUACGACCUUCGCCACCCAAGCGAAGGUAACAUUUCAGACCUCGGGUUCAGUAACGCUAGCACAAGAAUUGGGUAGCAAGACAGGUCUAGGACUGCACGAAGAGUCAACAAAGGACAGCAAUCUCACAGUUGCAAUUGGCACUUUACAAUAUGGCCAAUCCCGCGACCUAGUUAUCCGGACGAAGAAUGCAACAACAGCAGCAACACCCUCGAUGGCACAAGCAACAUUAACAUAUCAAUUCCAAGGGCGUCUUAAAUCAGUUGUUUCUGACGAGCAGGUACUCUCUCAGCGCACAUCUCUUCCGGUCCAUGUUUCCGACUAUCAUUUGUCUCGUGCGCGUAUCUGCGCCUUUCUAAGGAGUCUCUACCCCUUGGGCCCAGAUAAAGAGUAUACCAAUAUCGAUGAAAACGGUCUUAAAAAUGCACGACAGCAGCUGGAUCACAUUAUCAAAGACAUCAAACAGCUUGAACAUACCGAUGAAGAGAAUGACAGCUUAGUAAGGGAUCUCGCCGGUGAGGAACCAGAAGGCCAACUUAGACUUUCCAUCUUGGUUCAUGCGAAUUUUGCGAAAUGGGGGAAACACUACUUACUGUCACUUCUCAAUGCACACACCCACCAGAUGUGCAACAGCUUCAAGGAUCCUGGGCCUCUCCAAUACGGCAAGAACUCGCCCUUCUUUUGCCGGUGCCGCGAGGAGCUCGAUACCUGUUUUGAUAAUCUUCCUCCACCAAAACCAUCGAUUAUCGAAAAGUCUCCUGAUGGAACAGUCAAAAUCCGCCCGUCCUACAAAAUGUCUCGAUACAACUGCAGAAACAAUCCUUGCUUUGCAGGGCAUUGCAACAUCCGUCUUGCCGAAAGGAACAGCAGCUUACCCAUUCGAGAUAUUCGUGCUGGGAUCAAAGUAUGGACUCCGCUCGGCCCGCGCCGCGUGAGGGCUGUUUUGGCUACAGCAGUCAAAAACACCAUCCUUUGCAAUAUUGGCUCUUUAUCGAUUACUCCUUGGCAUCCAAUUCAGGUCGCAGGAGAUUGGAUAUUUCCAUCGCAUGUAUCAGAGCAGAAUGUCCCUUUUUCGGGAACAGUCUACUCCGUUUUGCUUGACCCUAGCCCCGUCUCAGAUGCCCAUGCGAUCAUGGUGGAAGGACAUGUGUGCGUCUCACUCGGCCACGGUAUCCAAGGUUGUAACGAUGUUCGUGCACAUCCCUUCUUUGGUAGCUACCCAAGCGUUCUCAGGAGCCUGGCAUCGCUUCCCCGUGAUGUCAACGGAAUCCUGAGGUGUUCUGGAAUGAAGCGAAACCCAUUAACCGGGCUUGCUUGUGGAUUUAUUGGUGAAGGAGGAUUCCGAAAGUCGAUUAACAAAAGGCCCUUCAAGCGAUCUGCCAAAGUGGGCCUCCGUUAUCACUUCCAAGCCCCAAUCACGGUGAACCCUCGCCGACGAACUGCUUGUCCAGCUUUUUAA